UUAAGAAGUUAAGAAGCCAUGAAAUAAAGGUGGGCCUUGGCACAUUGACAAGUACGGCACACAGAUACUUUCAUUUCUGUCAGAGCUUGGAACACAGUAAUACAAGCAUUGCUCAAGACAAGUGACACCAGCUGAGAGUGAGCUCAACACAAAGUUAAAAGAGUGGUAGUAGAAGCAUCGAAGAAUGGAAAUUAUUGGCAUUGGCAGUGCCCUACGCUCUGUCUAUCAGCUCGAAGAGAAUCCUGUUUCAGGCCAUUGUAACAUCAUAGAGCCCAACCAUUAUAGUUUAACCCUGCAAACAACAGCGCCACCACUUCAACUUAAUAGGCAAGAGCCUUUCGCCUGGUAUAGCACCGAUCCACAGUUCUGGGGACAAGAAGAAGUUUUAGAUUGGCUAAGUUAUUACAUCGAAAAAAACCAAUAUGACACUUCUACUAUUAUCCUGUCUCCCUCUGACACCAAUGGAAGACAUCUAUGUGAAAUGUCUUUCGAAAUGUUUAUUGGGACUUUUGGACAUCUGGGAGAAGAACUGUACAGAAGUCUGCAAAAUCUUAAAAAGAAAUAUGAUUUUGAGAUUGAGCCACCCAGUACAUUGGAGAGUGCUAAAUCCUCAUUCCUACUACCUGAAGAAGAUCACAUUUGGCAAAACAAUGCGCUUAAUGAAAUGAUUUUCAUGGAAGCAAAUUUUGAAGACCUAAAAGAUAUAAAGGUUGAAAACAGUGAUGAGGGUUAUGGAUCUGAAAGUUCCUCACCCAGAAACAAAGUAUCUGCUAACAGCAGAACAAGUCCAGGUUCACCAUUUAUUGUUCCAAGUGGGUCUUUGAAAAUGAUGGGAAAUGUAAGCUAUAUUAGUCAUAACAAGGUGCCAGGCAACUUCUGUAAAGAGUCGGCAUUCAGAAACAUUCCCAAACUGGAAAAACGGAACAGAGGGAGGCCAAAGAAACCACUGAAUGAAAAUGACAGAAUGAACAGAAACAAGUACACAGGUCCAUGUGGAAUACAUCUGUGGGAAUUUAUUCUCAAUAUUUUGCAAAACCCUGAUGUAAAUCCAGGAUUGCUGAAAUGGGAAGACAGGACAGAAGGUACUUUCCGGUUCUUGAAGUCGGAUUCAGUUGCUCAAUUGUGGGGACAGAAAAAGAACAACAGUACCAUGACAUAUGAGAAACUGAGCCGUGCCAUGAGAUAUUACUACAAAAAGGGGAUUCUGGAGCGAAUGGAUGGGCGUCGACUGGUCUACAAAUUUGGAAAAAAUGCCAUCGGUUGGAAAGAAAAGGAAUGAGAACUUGUUCUACUGUAAAGAUUUUAUAUAUAUAUAAGUUUUAAAAAUAUGCUUUUGUAUUCAACAACACAGUAAACAUACAGACAUAUUAGACUACACUGAAAAAGAGAGUGCAUUGCGAUCCUUUUUUAUGGUCAGGCCGGUGUCUGAAACAUGCGGCAACCCAUCACCAUGUGAUACCUGAAGCCAAUCACACUGGGGGACACCACUUCAAAUAAAUAACAUACGUUUGGUAAAUAAGUUUAUACGUCGUGUCUGCCUUCCCAUCACAGUCAGAAGCAUUUUUCUCUGUGACCCUGUAAAUUGUGUGAAGUGUCCACAUCUACAUUGUUUACAUAUUAUUUUAAGUUAUAUGAGCACAGUAUUUCAGAGUUUUAACAGAUAAAUUAACCACCGUGAAAUGGAGCGCAUAUUAUUUCGAAGACUCCCAAGAGUUUGCAAAAUUCUCACAAGCAUCCCCAGAGACAAUGUUUUUACAGUGCAAUCUUUAUAAAAUGCAUUGGAAUGUAAGAACCGCUAAGCCACAGACCACUGAACUCAAAGAUAUACUGUUCUCUCAAAUGUUGUGAACCAUAAAGACCGAAGAAAGUCUUUUUUUGUUAAAAAACAAAGUUGUUUAAUGAAGUUGUUUGUUUCAGGGAUGCCUUCAUCCUAAUGUAAAUGUUACCUAAUGAAAUAUGCAGACCUUUUGUGCUCACGAGUGGGAGAAUUCCUGAUGUAAAAAUUAAUUACUAUAUAGUCCGGUAUUCAGAAUAUCGAAGCAAUGUCUUAGUUUAAGAUGUUCUUGUACAAUUCAUUUUCUGAUUUUAAAACUAGUUUAUUUUAUAAUAAUAAUUUCACAUCUGAAGGAAUUCUUAAAGUGUUUUGCAGGAUAUACUGUAAAGUGCAGCAACUGUAUUUUAUGGGCGAAUGUGUUAUUUUGGUGAUUUCAACAUUUUUCUAAAGGGACUAAUGGUAUCUUGCUGUACUUUUUGAUGAGAAAUAUUUUGUAAUAAAC